AUGGUUGUAAAACAUACACAACAAUUUGUAGAAAGAAAUAUGACUUUAAACAGACAUUUUAGAUAUAUAUUAUCGCAUCAUUUGUUGAAAUUAACAAUGUUUAUUAUUCUGUUCGGCAUCAUAGUAGUAUUUAUAAAACGGGGCAAAUGCAUUACUAUUAAAGAAUAUGAAAUAAAUAUAUUUUCUGGGAAAAUUAAUGGAACUCUGCAGGAUAUAAAUUAUAAAUUGAUCAAUAUUUCUACAAUAUUAUCUAAAAAAGAAAAAUUCGAGUAUAAUAUAACAUCUCAAGUUCCUGAAAUCUUACAAGAACAGUGCAAUAAUAUUCCUACAGUAUUACGCUUUGAUUGUCAUCCUGAAGAUAAAGCAUCUGAAUUAUCCUGCAAAAAUAGAGGUUGUUGCUGGGAUUCUCAUAAGAAACCAAUUUCAUUUAUAAAAAAUGUUUCUUUGAAUAUUCCAUAUUGUUAUUACCCAAAAGAUUGGAGUAUUUACAAGUAUAAAAAUUUUACUAAAGAUAGAAACAAUUUUUCUGGAUUUCUCCAACAAAUGAAAAGCUCAUUUUAUGAAGAUGACCUAAAACUUGUUAAGGUUGAAACUAGUGUCGUAGAUGAUUCUGUUCUACGUAUAAAAAUAUAUGAUCCCCUUAAGAUCCGAUAUGAACCACCAUGGCCUGUCAGAACAGAUUCUAAACCAUUUUUAAAGCAAAAUAUUAAUGCAAAGUAUAGAUUAGAUGUUGACAAUAUUAAACCUGGUUUUAAAAUACAUAGAAGCUCAGAUAAUACGGUGAUAUUUAAUUCUAUUAAGACUGGAGGUUUCAUAUUUGCUGAUCAAUUUUUGCAAAUAAGUGCUCUUUUACCAACUGAUAACAUUUAUGGUAUUGGUGAACAUCAAACAAAGUUAAAAUUAAAUACUAAUUGGCAAACUUUUACGUUAUUUAACAGAGACCAGCCACCAAUAGAAAAUGCAAAUUUAUAUGGAUCUCAUCCCUUUUAUUUUAUAAUUGAAAAUUCUGGAAAGUCUCAUGGGGUUUUAUUUCUUAAUAGUAAUGCUAUGGAUGUGAUAUUACAACCAUCACCCGCUAUUACUUUUCGAACAAUUGGUGGUAUUUUCGAUAUAUAUUUUUUUUUGGGUCCAACCCCGGCAGAUGUCAUAAAGCAAUAUUCCGAGAUAAUAGGUAAACCAUUUCUUCCUCCAUAUUGGUCUCUCGGAUUUCAUUUAUGCAGAUAUGGAUAUGGAAGUUUGGAGAAAACAAAAGAAGUAUGGAAUAGAACCAUAAUAGCUGAAAUUCCAUUUGAUACUCAAUGGAAUGAUUUAGAUUACAUGGAUAAAAAUAACGAUUUCACAUAUAAUUUAGAAAAAUUUAAAGAUUUACCAUUUUUUGUGAAAGAAUUACACAAAAGAGGAAUGCAUUAUAUUCCCUUAAUCGAUGCAGGUGUAUCUGGUUUUGAAAAGAAUGGUAGUUACUUGCCAUAUGAUGAAGGUGUGAAAGAAGAUAUAUUUAUAAAAGAUGAUUUAAGCAGUCAGCCAUUUGUUGGCAAAGUUUGGAAUUUAAUUUCUACUGUCUGGCCUGAUUUUACACAUCCUAAAGUGGAGCACUAUUAUCUCCGAAUGAUGAAUAACAUGCAUGAUAGUUUUGCAUACGAUGGUGCUUGGAUUGAUAUGAACGAGCCAUCUAAUUUUUAUGAUGGACAUAAAAAUGGAUGUUCACAGAAUAAGCUGGAUUAUCCUAAAUAUGUUCCUAACAUCGCUGGUAAUACACUUGCAACAAAAACAUUGUGUAUGAAUGCAAAACAUUACUUGGGCACUCAUUAUGACUUGCAUAAUACUUGCGGUAUAGGUCAAGCGAUAGCAACAAAUCAUGCACUAAUUAAUAUUCGACGGAAGAGACCAUUUAUAAUAUCGCGUUCGACCUGGGUAGGACAUGGACACUAUGCUGGUCAUUGGACAGGAGAUGUUUAUUCCUCAUGGUAUGAUUUAAAAAUGAGCAUUCCGACAAUAUUGUCGAUGAAUUUUUAUCAAAUACCAAUGGUUGGUGCUGACAUAUGCGGAUUCAAUGGAAAUACAACAGUGACAUUAUGCAAUCGCUGGAUGCAACUUGGUGCAUUUUAUCCUUUCUCUCGUAACCAUAAUACCGACGAUGCGAUCGAACAAGAUCCAGUUGCUAUGGGUGAUUUAGUAAUAAAGUCUUCUAAGCGUGCCCUUACGAUACGUUACUGGUUGUUACCUUAUUUAUAUACAUUAUUUUUUCGGGCACAUAAAUUUGGAGAAACUGUAGCGCGACCAUUAUUCUUCGAAUUCUUUAAUGAUUCAGCCACAUAUGAUAUCGACACUCAAUAUCUAUGGGGAAGUUCUCUCAUGAUAAUACCAGUAUUAGAAGAAAACAAAACAGAAGUAACAGCUUAUUUACCACGUGGAUUAUGGUAUAAUUUUUAUACAAAAGAGCCUAUCUUUGCACUGGGUAAAUAUUAUACAUUGAAUGCACCACUUGAUACUAUACCAUUAAUGAUUCGUGGAGGAUCCAUUUUGCCAGCACAAAAACCAGCUAACACUACAACAACCAGUAGAAAAAAUCAUUUUCACUUAUUGAUUACAUUAGAUCAUGUAGCAAAGUCGAAAGGAGAGUUAUAUUGGGAUGAUGGUGACAGUUUGGAUUCAUUGGAGAAGAGACAGUUUGCGUGGAUAUUUUUCAAUAUUGAAAAUAAUAUUUUGACCUCUUCUAAAGUAAUGGAUAGUUUCUUUGAUGAAAAGAUUAUUUUAGAUAAAAUACAGAUAUGGGGUAUAACAUUUAAUAUUUCACGAGUUUUCCUAGACGAUCGAGAAAUACGAUUUGAUUAUGACAAUAAAAAAAGUUGUUUAUAUGUGAACAAUUUACAAGUGGAUUUGAGGGAGAACUUUUCACUUUUUUGGAAAUAUGCUGAUUUCGAAUAA